UAGAAAGCCGCCUCGCCAACUCCCGUUUACUUGACCUGCUCCGCAGACUUUCUAUUUGGAAAAGUGUCCGUUAGAAAUCACAAUGAGAUUCAGUUCGAAGUCCUGAUCCCAGAUCGGAAUUAGGGAUUUCUCAUACCAGAAAUUAGGAUUCUUUCCGCUUCGAGUUGAUUCUCGGUCGUUGUAAUCACAUGGAGAAUAGAAAUUCAUUCAAUUAUUCUCUACAAGAAGGGGAGUCCAUGACCCCGAGGAAUGGCGAUUUUGGGUUCGGCACUAGCGAUCGGCGAUACGCGUAUUCCCGCCAACCAUCGUUUCAUCAAUCACAAGAGCCACACACGCCGAUUUCGAUCAUCUCAAACGAAUUCACAAAACCUCUCCUUUCGAGGACUGUUUCAAGCAUUGAUAUGCCUGCAGGGGUUUAUUCAUUCGACGAGAAUGAUAAGGCUUUUGGGGGACGGAAAGGGUCGGUGGAGAAAUUAUCUGUUUUGUCAAUUUUUCAGGUUAUUAGGACGGGGAAUAAGUCGAUGAAGAAGCUGUUUGCAUUGAUUUCCCUUAAUGUGGCGUAUUCCACUGCGGAAUUGGCAAUAGGUCUCUUCACUGGACGUAUUGGUUUGGUAUCUGAUGCAUUUCAUUUGACGUUUGGCUGUGGCAUCUUAACGUUUUCUUUGUUCACAAUGGCUGCCUCUCGGAAGAAGUCUGAUCAUGUCUACACUUAUGGGUACAAAAGGCUUGAAGUUUUGUCUGCUUUUACCAAUGCUCUGUUUCUUUUGUUCAUGUCAUUCUCCUUAGCUGUGGAAGCACUUCAUGCAUUCAUACAAGAUGAAUCUGAACACAAGCAUUAUUUGAUUUUUUCAGCGGUGACAAAUCUGCUGGUGAAUGUUAUUGGAGUUUGGUUUUUCAGGAACUAUGCUCGAAUCAAUCUUGUCUACAGAAAAGCAGAAGAUAUGAAUUACCACUCUGUUUGCUUGCAUGUUCUUGCAGAUUCCAUUCGUAGUGCAGGCUUGAUAUUGGCAUCCUGGUUUCUUUCGCUCGGGGUUGAGAAUGCUGAAGUUUUGUGUUUAGGGCUAGUUUCAGUUGCAGUCUUUAUGCUUGUCAUGCCACUCUUUAAAACAACUGGAGGAAUCUUGCUUCAAAUGUCGCCACCAAGCAUUCCACCUUCAGCAAUGACCAAAUGCUUGAGACAGGUGAUUUUGUUUUUCCCCCUUGGAUAUUUGAAGUUUUUAAUCUCUGUUUUUAAAUAUUAAGAAAAGGGUUUUUAUUCUCUCUGUCUGGGAAUAAACGAAAGAGAGCAGGAAUGCUUGCAUUGUACCACACUCUCCUCCCUUCCCGUUUCUUUUCACGUCUAAAAUAUCAGAAGUUGCUCCUGCCCCUUGUCUCACAACCUCAAAUAGAUUCUGUAGUUUCAAUGCCAUGAGUUGAGAGUACUUCUGGCUCUGCUGCCUUGCUAAUAAUAACUCACCACCAAUCCUGUCAAUGUCCUAGAAGGAAAUUUCAAAUGGAGGGUGCAAUAGUAUUUCUAUCUCCUCUCUGAAUUUUGGCAACCAUGAUACAUACCUACUCUUCCAUGCUUUCACUGCCAUUAGCUGUAUGUAUAUGACCAUCUUCAGCCCUGUUUUUGAGGCGAUCUGUUGCUAUUUAUGCAACAAAUAGUCCGUGCCUCACAAAUAUAGACCUUCUUCACUUGAUUGCUUUCUUGUAUCGU